CGAUUUCGUUUGCUCACUAAAAACCCUAACUUUCACUUUUUCCCACUCUGCUCUCUGUUCUUCCGUCGCCGUGUAGAAAUUUCGAUCAGGGACUUGAGACGCACUUUGUCUCUCAGAUCCUUAUUCAAUGCUCGCUGCUACCAACCAUCUUGUAGCGGUAUCAUUCAACGUGAUGAUGUCCAUGAAGAGAAGCCACAUUACGGCUCUUUUCUUCAUCAGAGAUCCUUCAGCAGUUCGAUGAUUCUCUCUCAGCAGCAUAUGAUGAGAAGCCCUUCACAUUUCCCACUAUGCUCUCCUUUUGGUGUCUCUACCUAUCGGCCUAUGUCGACUUCACAUAUUUCAGGCUCAGAUGAGAGUGGCGAUGUGAAUCAUGUUGCUGAAACUCUUACUGAUUUAGUGCAGCAAGAUACAGUCAUCGAAGUUGCCGAUGCUGCUAUCGAUUCCUCCAUCCAAUUAGAUUUUGUUCAGCAGAUAGUUCAUAAUGUGCAUUCACUCACAGGCUUAAACUGGUGGGCUUCCAUUGUUUUUACCACCUUUCUAAUUCGAGGAGUGACAAUCCCUCUCAUGAUUGAAUGCGAAAGAUGGUUUUCAAAGAGGAUGGUAAUAAAACAAUGUUCUUUCGUAAACACAUGAGUUUUGUGUCUCAACCAACCAAAACACCGUUCUUGUUUGUGAUUGGCAUUACUUUCUAUUUAUACUGUUCACUGUUUGAAACACCAUCAUCAAUCGGAAUCAUAAUGGGAGAACUAGAAUCAACAAGCUUAAUCCUUCCAUGUUAUGAUCUCUAUUCAUUCAUCAUAUCCUAAAUACAUUGUACAUUUCCCCUAAAAUCUCUUUCUU